AUGCCAUUAAAAGGAAUUAAGGUUUUAGAAUUAGCUGGCUUAGCUCCAUCUCCUUUUUGUGGAGCAAUAUUAGCUGAUUUUGGUGCUUCAGUUAUUAGAAUCGAUAAAAUCUCUUCAUCUUCUACAGCAGAUUGUUUAAGUAAUGGUAAAAAGUCACUUGCAUUGAAUCUUAAAGAUGAGGAAGGGAAAAAUAUAUUUAAAAAACUUUCUUCAAAUGCUGAUGUUUUACUCGAGCCAUUUAGAAAGGGAGUUAUGGAAAGUCUUGAAUUAGGUCCAGAAAAUUUGAUGAAAUCAAAUCCUCGUUUGAUUUAUGCUAGAUUGAGUGGUUUCGGACAGUAUGGUUUAUACUCAUCAAGAGCAGGCCAUGACAUUAAUUUUUUAAGUGUAUCUGGGGUUUUGUCAUUUUUGGGUAGAUAUAAUGAAAAACCCACACCUCCAGUUAAUUUACUCGCAGAUUUCGGUGGGGGAGGAUUAUUAUGUGCAUUGGGAAUAGUUUUAGCAUUAUUUGAGAGAACAAAAUCAAAUAAAGGGCAAAUUAUUGAUUGUUCCAUGGUAGAAGGUGUUGCUUAUUUAAGCAGUUGGCUUUUUAGGAGUCAAAAGCUGCCAAUUUGGGGAAAUGAAAGAGGUUUAAAUAUAUUAGAUACUGGUUCGCAUUUUUAUGAUACUUAUGAAACGAAAGAUGGAAAGUUUUUAGCAGUUGGUGCUUUAGAAACUCAGUUUUAUAAAAUUUUAACAGACCAUUUAAAAUCGAAUGAUUUAAGUGACCAGUGGUCGGAUUUCUCUAAGAAGAAAAAAAUCAUUACAGAUAUAUUUAAAACGAAAAAUAGAGAUGAAUGGUGUGAAAUAUUUGACAAUGUCGAUGCCUGUGUUACUCCAGUUUUGGACAAAACUGAAGUUGGUGAUCAUGUUCAUAAUAAAGAAAGAGAAUCAUUUACCAGAUUAACAGAUGGUACAAUGAUUCCCAAUCCCGCGCCAAAAUUAAGCAGAACACCUGGAGUAACAAAAGCAAAAGUUUCUCACGUAGAAAAUGGUUUUAAUUCAGAGGAAAUUUUAUUAGAACUUGGUUAUAAUAAGGAGGAAAUUAAAGAAUUGGAUUUAAAUGGCGUUAUUAAAAUUAUAACAAGUUCUAAACUUUAG